CAGAAGGAAAGCCAGUUCUGGGGGUUGCAGGUGGAUGCAUCUGAAAUGGAAAGUUCAAAUCUACACUGGGUAGAGACGCUUUUUUCUCCUCAUUUCAGCCAGGAUGAUUUUUUAAAUCAGGCCCAUCACCCCAAACCACUGAUUUGUGAAAAGAUGAAUAUAGAGAGAACAAGCAAAAUAAAAGAACUCUACAGUAUGGCAAUGACCAAUUUUCAAGAAGAAAGCAGGUUCCAUAGCAAAGACUCUCCUUCCAUACUUGUAAAAAAGCAUGAGCCGAGCUUAGUGGGGACAAAGAUAAACAAUUCAAAGGAGGAAACAGGGGGAGAUUCUGCCUACUGGGGAUCUGCUAAUUUAGAUUCUGGAUCUGAAAAAAGCAUUGAGGAAACAGAAGGUCAUUGUAUCUGGAAUGCAAAGGAAUUUGCAGCUUUAAAAGAAGAGAUGCACAAGGAGCAUUCAGAAAGCAGCUUUUUAAAACUUCAGCUGUCCUUCCUAAAGACGGAGCUGGUACAACUUAAAGAUAAAUGCAAAAAAUUAGUAGCAGAAUUUGACCAAACUAAACAAGAGUUGAGCAUUUCCAGAAGAGAGACUCUUUGCAAGACAGCCCAGUUGGAACAGAUUCAAAAACAAAGUUUCAAAAAAGAUACUAAGAUUGAAGCUUUACAACAAGAGCUGCAUGAGAAAUCAGCAAGCCUCAGAAGUCUAACUGCAGACUUGCAGCAAGCACGUGGGGAAAUUCUGCAUUUAAACCUACACAGGAAAGAUUUGCAGCAAGAGUUAAAGAAGCUAAAAGAACAGUGCCAUUUUGAAAACAAGUUAUCUGCAGAAAAGGUGAAACUGCAAUGUGAGGCAGAAAUCAGAAAAAUACAAAGAGAGCUGGAAGAUGCUAAAAGGGAACUGGAUGCAGAAAAAGCCACAAAUGCUCAAAAUGCUAAAGCUUUAGAAAUGCUUAAGAAACACUUUUUGGCCCAGCCAUCACCUGAUCUAGCUAAGAAUCUGAGAAUUUGUUUUCUUUAACAGAAAAGCAUAA